AUGAUGGAUUCCCUGUACUCGGACGAUUCGCGCUUCGAGGUCGACGUUUUCAUCAAGAAUGAAUCCGCCGCCGCCUCACCCCGCGCCGCUUCCUCUACGCCCAUUCCGUCUACCGAGACGGCUGACCUCACGCCAUCGUCGACGCGCGCGUCGCCCCCUAAAAAAAAGGGCACCGCUGCCACCGUCAAAAAGAUCCCCAAGCGGCCCAAGUCGACGCUUCCCAGGAAACCCAAGAAGCCCAAGAAUGGGGGCGGCGCCGCCGCCGCAGACGACGGCUCCGGUGGCGACAAUGACUCGGACAACGGCCCGUACUGUCUGUGUCAGGGGCCCGACGACCACCGCUGGAUGAUCUGCUGCGAGGGGUGCGACGACUGGUUCCACGGCGAGUGUAUCAACCUGGUCAAGGAGGUCGGGGAGAACCUCAUCGAGAAGUUCAUCUGCCCGCGCUGCACCAACAAGCAUCUGCGGUCCAUCUACAAGAGAAGCUGCAGCAUGGGCGCCUGCAAAAAGGCCGCGCGCCUCAGCCAGUCCCCGCCGAGCUACUUUUGCUCCCCUGAGCACGCGCAGGCCUGGUGGGAGCGCCUCGUCGGCCGGCUGCCCAAGGCAGCCAAGGGCGGCAGCGGCAGCGGCGUUGUGACGGACCACCUUUCCCAGGACGAGUUCAUGGCGCUCCUGUCUAGCGGACUGGCGACUGUGGACGAGCAUGGACACUGGGCCAUGACUUCUUCGCCCUUUGCCGCCAGCAACGGGAAAGGAAUCAUCACAGAUGACAGCACAGACUCCAUCCUCAGCGAGGAGGAGAGAAGCUACGUCGAGCAGGCCGCGCACACGCGACGGCAGCUCGAGGCCGAGACGCUGCUGUGCGACAAGAUGCUCGCGCUUAUUGAGCGCGCGCAGGAGCGGCGGCGCGCCGCCGUGGCCGCGGGCCGCUUCGGCGACGACAUGUGCGGUUACGACCAGCGCCUCGACACCAUCUCGGCGCGCGACGCCUUUGCCGCCUACGCGGCGUCACCCGAGGGCGAGGCGGCCCUGGCCACGGGCGGCCGCCUCGACGACCCGCUCGGUGACGGUGAUGCCGCCCGCGGCAUGUGCGAGCGCAAGCGCUGCAAGACGCACAGCGGCUGGCAAAAGGCCCUCGCUCUCGGCAUACGUCACCAGAUCCGCGAAAUGGCCGCCCAGUCCGAGAUCGAGGCUGCUGAGGAGCGCUUCGUCCGUGAGGCGGCUGCGGAGCGCUGGAAGCGGAAGCAAUCGGAGAAGAACUGGGUUGAGGUCCUCGAGGGCUGA